UCGGAAAGCAGCCGUGGAGUCUGACGGACUUUCACUAUCUUCAGAGUUUGGUUUUAGCCCGGUGCUCUGAGCUGAGAAAAUUUCCACUCUUACUCUGCUCCACACCCAGAGCGUCGCACCUCUUGUCUCGUUGCUGCAGCCAGCGCCUACUUAAUGGACACGGCUGCGAUGGAGAGUCCGAGCCUGGGGGACCGCGAAGCUGCCCCCGCGAUCACGUUUAGUGAGCGCCUGAGCCCAGACAGGCAGUGUGACCUUUGCAAAGAAGAUGUGGCCGUGGGAUUGGCUAGAGUAGAAGAUGAGAAACAAAUGAUGAUAAAAAGGAAUAGUGAGUGUAAUCUCCUGCCACAAGAACCCAUUGCUUCUACUCAGUUGGGUGGUACUGCAGUGACAGAAAGCCAUAAGUCUGUCCCAUGUGGAUGGGAAAGAGUUGUGAAGCAAAGGUUAUCUGGGAAAACAGCAGGAAGAUUCGAUGUAUACUAUAUCAGCCCACAAGGACUGAAGUUCAGAUCCAAAAGUUCACUUGCUAAUUAUCUUCACAAAAAUGGAGAGAUGUCUCUUAAGCCAGAAGAUUUUGACUUCUCAGUACUUUCUAAAAGGGUCAUCAAAUCAAAACAUAAAGUCUGCAGCAUGGCAAUUCUGACAUCCCAACUGCAAAAUGAAAAUAAAAAUUCAAACUGGAACAUCAGGACACGAAGCAGGUGCAAAAAAGAUGUGCUUCCUCUGCCAAAUAGUAGUGUGGAGUUGCAAGACAGCAGAGGACGAUAUAACUUUACUUCUACAGAUUUGCUUUCGGAAGAGGAUACGGGCAUUAAUGAUGUUAACUUCAGAAAAGUUAGAAAGCCCAAAGGAAAGGAGACUAUUUUGAAAGGAAUCCCAAUUAAGAAAACUAAAAAAGGAUGCAGGAAGAGUCUUUCAGGUUCCAUUAGAAGGAACAGAAAAACAGAAUCUGUGUCUAAUACAGCAGGUGCUGAAAGUGAGCCUAUUGCCCAGGAAAGUCAGCUUGAUAGAACUUUCUGCAUUUCUGACAGCAGAGCAAGUGACGAGACCCUCAGUGUGACCGAUGAAGAGAAGAACCUUGUAAAAGAAAAAUCACUGAGUUCAGGAUCAAAUUUUUGUUUUGAACAAAUAGAUUCUGGCAUCAUAAACAAAUUAUGUUUGACUAAAGAAGCCAAACACAACAAGUAUGAGGAUACCUUAGCAUCUGAAGAAAUCAGAACAAAAGAAGUUGGGGAAAGGAAGGAGCAUUUCCCUAUUGACAUUUUAAAAUGUGACUCUGAAAUGGACAACAAUGGCUCACCAACCAAGAAAGACUUUACUGCUGGGGAAAUAUUUCAAGAAGACACCGUCCCACGAACACAAAUAGAAAAAAGGAAAACAAGCCUGUAUUUUUCCAGCAAAUAUAACAAAGAAGCUCUUAGCGCUCCACGACGCAAAGCCUUUAAGAAAUGGACACCUCCUCGGUCACCUUUUAAUCUCAUUCAAGAAACACUUUUUCAUGAUCCAUGGAAGCUCCUCAUUGCAACUAUAUUUCUCAAUCGGACCUCAGGCAAAAUGGCAAUACCUGUGCUUUGGGAGUUUCUGGAGAAGUACCCUUCAGCUGAGAUAGCAAGAACCGCAGACUGGAGAGACAUAUCAGAGCUUCUGAAACCUCUUGGUCUCUAUGAUCUUCGAGCAAAAACCAUUAUCAAGUUUUCAGACGAAUAUCUGACAAAGCAGUGGAAGUAUCCGAUUGAGCUUCAUGGGAUUGGUAAAUAUGGCAACGACUCUUACCGAAUUUUUUGCAUCAAUGAAUGGAAGCAGGUGCACCCUGAGGACCACAAGUUAAAUAAAUACCAUGACUGGCUUUGGGAAAAUCAUGAAAAAUUAAGUCUGUCUUAAAACCCCUGGAAGUUUUCAAACUCGUCUUUAUAACGUGUUGCUUUGCACUUGAGUUCUUAAGAGCUGCAUUACACACAACCAGCCGUUUUCCCAUAGAUUUUAAUUAGCCUGACUGGCUGUUCAAUUGUAUAUUUUCCAGAUGUGUGUGUCACUGGUAGAUCUUUAUUACUGAAUGUGCCAGAACAUAU